GUUCAACUGCCCCAUCCCCGCAGUUCGUCAACGUCUUCCCCUCCUCACCGCCCUCCCCCUCCCUCCCUACACCCGGAACAGGCUGAGCCUCGUUCAUCCACACCUCGAAGACCACCCACACCCCGCUGGACGAUACCCGAACCGCUGGCCGAUCCAUCUGCUCGAAUAAUUUAGCUUGACCACCUCAAUCAUGUCCAUGUCACCAACAACCAUUGUUCGACCCCCGAGAGCACCUUCACUGGACGUCUUACUCUCCCUGCCCCCGGCGCAGUACACGCGCCUAUGCUGCUUUUGCAUCCCAGCGCGUGUUGCGCUAUUCAUAACGGCGGCAGUGUUGUUCAUCCUGUCCACGUCGUUCGUUACAGUCGGUUGGGUGAUUGUCAAUAAACUUAACGACUAUGUAACGGACUUACAGCGACUCUCCAUAGUCUUCCACAUCUUCAUCUAUAUCGUCUUGGCCGCAUUCUGCAUCUUUGGCAUAUUCUCCGCGCUCAGCAAAGACGCUAAACUUCCCAGUCUAUUCACCUCCUUCAUCCUGGGACAACUCCUCUUUGGGUGGGGAUCAGGCGCUGUGUGCUUAUACGUCCUCUUCUCCCCCUCUACGGCCCUUCAGAACAUCGGGUCGUGCUCCAGCAUAGUGGACGACCAGUUCCUGAAACUCCUAUGUGAACGGGCGCCGGUGUUCAAGGGCCUGGCGGUUGCGUUCUUUGUGACUACCUGGAUUUUGGAGAUCUUGGCCAUCUAUGCCUCUUGUCAAUACACGAGACAGUUGCAUGAAGAAGCUGUUAGAUUGGAGGUUUUGGAGCCGAAGGGAGACCGUGACUCGUUCUACGUAUGAUUGCUAGGGACGCUAUGUGAUACCAAGCGAUUGCUGGGACGCUAUGCGAUACCAAGCGGUUGCGGGGCUGCAUACGAUACCAAGUGAUUGCUGGGACGCCAUGCGAUACCAAGCAUUUGCUGGGCCGUUAUGCGAUACCUUACACGUUUUCGGGUUCACUCCAGCUCCAGCACCAAGUUCCAGAUUAGAUUAUCGGGAUGUCGUUGUGCGUAGUUGUGUUCGAUUGAGCCAGUUCAAGUAUUUUCCUACCUGACA